AGUGCCGCUCCCUGGUGGGGGCUGUUCAUGGCGGUUCCGGGGUCUCCAACAUUUUUCCCGGCUGUGGUCCUAAAUCCGUACGAAGCGGAGGCAGCGGAGCUUGAGGUUCUUGCUGGUGUGAAAUGACUGAGUACAAACUGGUGGUGGUUGGAGCAGGUGGUGUUGGAAAAAGCGCACUGACAAUCCAGCUAAUCCAGAACCACUUUGUUGAUGAAUAUGAUCCCACCAUAGAGGAUUCUUACCGAAAACAGGUGGUUAUAGAUGGUGAAACCUGUCUGUUGGACAUACUGGAUACAGCUGGACAAGAGGAGUACAGUGCCAUGAGAGACCAAUACAUGAGGACAGGCGAAGGCUUCCUCUGUGUAUUUGCCAUCAAUAAUAGCAAGUCAUUUGCAGACAUUAACCUCUACAGGGAACAGAUUAAGCGCGUAAAAGACUCAGAUGAUGUACCUAUGGUGCUAGUAGGAAACAAGUGUGAUUUGCCAACAAGGACAGUUGACACAAAACAAGCCCAUGAACUGGCCAAGAGUUAUGGGAUUCCAUUCAUUGAAACCUCAGCCAAGACCAGACAGGGUGUUGAAGAUGCCUUUUACACACUGGUAAGAGAAAUACGUCAGUACCGAAUGAAAAAACUCAACAGCAGUGAUGAUGGGACUCAGGGUUGCAUGGGGUUGCCGUGUGUGGUGAUGUAACAAGAUACUUAUAAAGUUCUAGCAUCAGAAAAGAGCCACUGUCAAGCUGCACUGACACCCUGGUCCUGACUUCCCUGGAGGAGAGAUAUUCCUGUUGCUAUCUUCAGUAUCACAAAGAAGCUCCUGCUACUUCCCUAACUCUCAGUAGAUCAGUACAAUAUUCUCUAUUUGAGAAGUUCUCAGAAUAACUACCUCCUCACUUGGUUGUCUGACCAGAGAAAUGAACCUCUUGUUACUCCCCAGUAUUUUUCCACCCUGGGUUCUCCCCUAACACACACAGACACAACUCCGCCACCCCACGUUUUUCACCUGAGAAACAAUUCAUGCUCUGAAACAGAGAACCAAACUAUAGACGUCAAAUUCUUUAGAAAACAGUGUCUUGAGCUCUAAAGUAGCAACUGCUGGUGAUAUUUUUUCUUUUUACUGUUGAACUUGGAACUAUGUUGGUUUUUGGAGAAAUGUCAUUAAUUACUGUUUUGCUGAGAAUAUAGUUAAUGUUGCUGUUCGGUUUGUUUGUAAUGUUAUUGGCUAUAUUCUAUAAACUGGCAUCUACUCUGUGUUCAUAAAUACAAAAGUGAAUACUGACUUUUGAGUCUAUCCCAGUCUUCUCAACUUUCAUGUAAUUAAAUCUAACUUUCACAAUGAAGUGCCUUUUUCCUAGAAGUGGUUUGUAGACUUCCUUUACAGUACUUCAGUGGAAUAGAUGUCUCAAAAACAAAAAUACAUGAAAAUGAAUGUUCUCAAUAUGUCUGUGACCUGUCUACCUUGGAGGGAAUGAUAGAUCAAUAGGAUAGCAGAUGCCAUGUCUUACAUGUGUGAAGUUGGUUUUUCAGAGACCUGUUUUUGGGCUCUCCCAAGAGAAAGAUGAAACAGACAAUUAUGAAUAAUUUCACUGAAUUUUUGCCUAAUGGCCACUUUUUUUUUGGUAGGUUACUACCUACAAAAUAUAUGUAGUUUGUUUCUUCUAGCUUACUGAUAACCUAAUGUUCAGUGAACUUCUAUUCAUAUUUAAAUUGGGGUCAUCAGAAAGCUCUACGUUUGCAGGUGUUCAAAAUUGUAAAAAUUUGAUGCAGUUUUAUUUAAUAGCUGUGAUCAGUGAUUUUCAAGCCUAAAAUAUACUAAUAGACACAUUUUCACUGUAUAUCAUGGUAUCUUAAUGAUGUAUAUAAUUGCCCUCAAUUCCCAUCUCACCUCACCCUCUGUUCCUCACCCCACAGCAACAGUGAGAAAGCAUGGUGCUAAUGGACCAGGGUCACAGUUUCAGAAUUUGAGUGAGCCAGUUAGCAUCAUAGAGAGAGAAAUUCUUCCACAUCUACUCAUUGCUCCAGUAACUCCAGCUAGUAGUUUUGCCAGAUGCAUGCUGUUAGUCUUGUAAGGGAAGAAGAGGUCAGUUAGCACAAAUCCUUUGCCAUGACUGGAAAAACUUGGUAUCCUGAGGAGGGUUGGCCUAAAAGUCUUUAUAAAUAAAGUAUCUGUACCCUUUAUUUAACCACAUGGAAACUCUAAAUUAAGCCAAUAUUUUUUUCUCAUUACGUUUUUGAGAAUGAGGUUGGCCCAGAUCAAAAUUUUUUAUAUUUUCUUUAUUCAUAAUGUUCUUUGAAGGGUUUAAAACAGGAUGUUGAUUAGUCUGUGCCUACCAGAUAACAAGCUGAUGAGUUUGUUCAUAACAAGAAGUAGCCUUUGGAUUGAAAUUGCUGUUUGAGAAGGGAAUGGAAAAUAUAAUUAAUUGUUAGUUAUGAGGAUUUGGAGGUUUGGCUUUUCCAUUUGCGCAUAAUAUCCUGGUAAUUCUAAUGAAAAAUAGACCUGGAUAUCUUCUGAUAAAAGACUAGUUGCAAAAUGGCCACUUUCUGCUCUGGUCUUCUAAUGUGUAAAUACUUACUGAGGUCCUCCAUCUUCUAAUAUGAAUUUUUGUUUGUUAAGCAAACUCCACAUUGCCUUGAAAUGAAUUCAGAAGAGAGGAAGAAACAUAGGCUGUGCCCAGAGUGUAAUAAACCCAGAGAGUUGUGCUCCUUAGUGUUAAUUCAGAGAGCUUUCACAGUACUGUCAACACCUGUAAACGGAAACUCUGCCACUUUGUUUCUGCUCCCUUUGGAGCAUUGCUCUGUAAUUUUCUUGAGGCUAGAUUGAGGCUUGUCACCUUAGUUGUCAUUAAUGUCAAUGUUGUUUUCUUCCUCUUCCUCCUCUUGUCUAUGUGACUGACAGUGUGACUCUUUUUAAUGUCAAAUUAAGGAAAAAAUACUCAUUUGGGGCUCUUAUGCCCAUAGCCUUUGUAUAUAUGUACCUUCGAGUUUUCUCAAGUACAUUCUAAGCACAGAAGUAUCUAAAUGGGGCCAAAAUUCAGACUUGAAAAUGUUCUUUAAAUAGGUUCUUAAGAAGUUACACUUAGGUGUGAAUUUUGGCACAAUAGAGUGAUAAACUUAUAGUUAAAUCUUGAAUAACCAGUUAGUGUGGUAUAAAAUGUGGUUUUUAGAAUAUGUUUGUGAUUGCUGAAAACAAUUCUAGUUUACCUCAAAAUCUGAAAGUCUCUUUCCCCAAGUUAAGUGCCUGGCCAGCUGUUAUAAAUUACAUAUUACUUUAUGUUUGUUUGUCUGUUGAAGGUUGCACAUUCACGAGUAUGAAAAUAAGAUGUUCUGUCUAAAGGCUACCAUGCCUAAUCUGUAAAUGAAUCUAUUAAGUGCUGUAUUUGCUCCAACAGCUUACUAGAAUGUUACUCGGUCAUACGAUAGCAUACUUACUAUGAUUUUCACUUAAGGAGUGUAAUAGGAAAAAUUAUUCUAAAUAUAUAAUAUUUCACUGGGCCCCAUGUUUAGUCUUUCAUCAUCCUUUAAACUGCUGUGAAUUUUUUGUCUUGACUUGAAAGCAAGAAUAGAGAAACACUUUAAAGAGAUAUUUUGGUUUUUUCCCAUUCCAGAAUUUGUAAGCAUAAUCAUAUUUUGCUUUACAUUUGCAGUCAUGAACUCUUAAGCUGGCAGCUAUAACCAAGAACCAAAAUAUGGUGCAUUCUGCUUCUUGUAAUUCAUCUCUGCUAAUAAAUUAUAAGAGGCAAGGAUAAUUAAUUAGAGAAAAUAUUUUAUUUGGGUGGUUUCUGUAAACAAGGGACUAUAAUUCUUGUACAUUAUUUUUCAUCUUUACUGUUUCUUUAAGCAGGCUAAUGUGCCACAAAAUUAUUCUAAGGUGUUUCCUAUAAGAAUUGUUUUAAAAGCGUUCUUGUUAUCAGAGUAGUUGUAGAUGUAUUUCAAAAUAUAGCUGGUGAUUUUUAAAAGCCUGAGUACUGACCUAAGAAGCAAUUGUAUGAAUUCUACUCUGGAGAGAAGGGAGGAUCUCAAUGAAAGUUGUAUGACUUUUAUAUUUCUGUGCCAUCAAAUAUAGGUAAAAAUAUUAAUUGUGCAAUUCUGCUGUUUAAAUGGGAACUAUUGGCCUCCUUGGCCCUAAAUGAAAGGGCUGAUAUUUUAAGUUGACUAUUUUAUUGUAAAUUAAUCCAUCCUAAUUUUUAAAAAUUUGGUUGAAUGUUUUUUGUUCUUAAAUGUUUGAAAAAUAAAACUGGAAGUUCUUUG